AGUUGAAUCGGUUCAACGGUUCGCGUCGGACGUGUGUGAUCGCGCGCAGCUGACUACGUUCGUUUCGUUACUUUAACUUCUGUUUGCUUUAAAUUUCAUGCACCCUCUUCACCCCCCAUAUCCUAGCACACACCUAGUAGUAGUGGGUCGCAUUUGUUUCACCGUUGUUCUUCGGCUGACUUUGAUAAAUUAGUUGUUCUUUGCUGUCCUUGUAUUCUUCGGUGCGGUGUGCGGUAGAUCAACCAAGAACCUCGCGAUUGCUCAAAGAAAGGAAAGGUUUGUCGGAGAUACACAGUGCCUAAACAUGGCGUCGAUCCAUUGAUCGUCGCAUGGAGGCUGAAUCCGUAGUGAGGCGCUAUGCUGCAAUGCCACCGAAUGCCAGGAUAAUUGAUAUCCGCCGCGUCAGAGCCGGCAUUGAUGAUGUAUCGGCACAGAACGCCAAGUCAGUGAAGUCUUCGCGAAAGUGACCGCCGAGGUUAAUUACCUGAUGUAUACGCAAGAGUUUGACUGGGCUGUCGAUUGAUUGGUGUGAAUUCCCUCAGUGCAGAUGCUUCAGAAGCCAACUGAAAAGAAGUCAUUAUUAAAUGCCGCGGAUGGAUUGUGGUGCGGGUAAAGUGGAUUUCUUGUGUUUCCUAUUGUGAUGGAUCUUACGAGGUAGAAGUGAUCAGUGCGAACGGCCCUGUGGAAGAAGGCUGUUGAAUGUCUCCAGUUGCAUUCCGUGUUCAUAUUCUACAAGACCGUUGACCUAUGGAUUACGCGAAACGAUCCACUAUCCACGGAUAGUAAUAUCUUAAACAUUGCGGGGUAGAUGAGUUAAACCAAAAAAAUCGCCGACGGCCUACUUCGAUGGUGUACGAAGCAGAAACAAAAAAAAGUUAUUCCACCGCUUGCUGCUUGUCCACGGUCUGGAAACCAGUCCUGGGGUUACUGCGAUCAGUGAUCUUUCCUUGUGGAAGAAAUUUCUGCGCCUCCAAACAAAAGUGAACACGAUCGUGGUGGCGAUCCAAGAGUGUGUUGGUUGGCUGGAGAUCCACGCGAUCAGCGCGACGGGGUAAAUGUGUAUUGGUGAACGCGAAGGCGGUGUACGUUUCAAUGAAGAAUUACUCUCCGGUCCACAGCGCGGAAUAUAAAUUGAGUAGAAUAACAUCGCGGGUUGGGGGCUUCCGCGAGGAAUGGCCGGGAGUCGUGGUUGAGAAGAAUUGAAUUCGCGACUCCGAGCAGGGUGCAAACCUAUAGUGCAACGUAGGUAACAACAAGCGAAGAAAAAUAAUCCGGCUUUCUUUUGGUCCUCGGCGCGUAAGUGAAGUCGUGCAGUCGAGGACGGCGACAACGACAACAAACGGGGACAACAUCCAAGACAAGGCGGUUGCCAUUUGGUGCGCAACUGUUUGUUCUUUGGAAGUGGUGUGAAGCUGGGGGGAAAGGGCAGAGACGCAACGUAAAUAAGAAAUUCAUGUGAGUUCAACGACGGUGCAAGCAGCGAACAACGAACGGCAGUGUGCUGUUGCCUACAAGAAGAUAGCAACACGUAAAGGAGUUUUCAUUGUAGGGACAUAGCAGAAGGCAUUCAGAAGAGGAGUGCCGCAUAUUGAAGAUCGAAAUCAAUAGACCAUGUGAAACAGGACAAAUACCCCCAGACAUGCAUAAUGAGUCUACAGUACAAUCGACGAGGGACAAACCGCUCCCCAACAGUGUACCAACGGAAAACACAAAUCGCACACCCCUGCACGAGGCGGCUUCGAAUGGUGAUGAGGCGGCGGUGGAAGCACUACUGGCUGCUGGAGCCGACCGGAACGCGAAGGAGUCACUGCACGGUAAUACACCACUGCACGAGGCCGCCUGGAAGGGCUACAGCCGAAGCGUAAAAAUCCUAUGUUCCUUGCCAAAAGUUCAUAAACCGGGUGCUACCGGGGUCCAACCCAGCAACGGUGGUGGCCCCAAACUUUCCAUCGAUCUUAUCAAAGACUCCUCCAGCAAGAUCAAGAGCGUCAUCCAGGACACGAAGGGAGCGCUUCAUAGCGCGUUGCUCGGAACGCGUAACUUUGGAGGUUUCUCGGCCCUGCACCUGGCGGCCCAGAAUGGGCACAACCAAAGUUGUCGGGAAAUUCUGCUCGCUGGGGCGGAUCCCGAUGUGCAAAAUAAUUACGGCGACACUCCUCUCCAUACGGCAUGCCGCUACGGCCAUGCCGGUGCCAUCCGAAUUCUCCUCUCGGCCAAGUGCGACUUCGAGCGGAUCAACCUGAACGGCGAUACGGCUCUGCACAUAGCGUGUGCCAUGGGCAGACGGAAGCUGACCCGAAUAUUGCUGGAAGCCGGCUGCAAGCAGGAAAACGUUACCAAAAGAACCACUGGCAACCGGAGAGCAGUACUUCCUGGACUUGGCCGGGAAUAUCCGCAAGGGACCGGUUGGGGUGGGAAACACGUGCUACUGUGCGCCAUUUUUCAAACACCUCGAACAACGCAUGAACCAGAACAGGAAGAGCAUACGAAAGUACGUGCACAGGGCAACGGAAAAGCUGGACAGCCGAAUGACUGCGCUGGCUAUGAAGACGGACGACCAAAUCGAGGAGCUGACGAAAACGAUGAUCGCCAGCAGGGUUCAGUGCGAGAACAAACGGCUACAUCUGGAGCAGUGGCUGAAACGAGGCAUAGCAGAGCGAUCAACGGGACCGCACAAUUCCAAAACGCGGAAAGAUGAAGCCAAUACCAAUACGUUAACGCGUUGCCGAAGUCUAGAACUUCUGGACGGAAGCGAUGACAUCCUAGAAGAUCGAAUGAAAUCUUCAACGCCGCAGUUCUCGCGAAGCAUAGACUUCCUGGACUCGCAGGAUCUUGUGCCGGAGCACAAGCGGCCCGACUACCAUUCGGAUCAUUUCGAAAGUUCCAACAACUCCAAUAUGAAAAACCAUUCGGAAGCGGAAGAUUCAAGCCGCAGAACGCCGCUGAGGAAGUUUGACGCCGAACACCGGAACGGCAGUAAGCGAUCGUCAUCGAUCAGUCACUCGGGUCACGAUAGCUACUGCUACUCGGACAAAGAUAACGAUAAGGAAAAGAACAAUGUGAUAUACCAGGAUCGGGUGCCAAGUUCGGCGUACGGUGGAAAUUCGUCCAAAGAAGAUCGGAAGGUGUGCUCGUCGGCGGGAUCGUCCAGCUACGAUCACAAAAACGAGAAGAUCAAGGUCACUGAGAGGCUGGAGGAGUUGCUGAGCAAGACCAAGAAAAUUUUGGAACUGGAGAAGAUUACGAAGAAAAAGCAUGGUGACAACAGAUACAUUCUGGCACUGGACCGGCUAAAGGACAUCCACCAUUACGACAACAAUCCCCAAGUGUACCACCAGGCGUCUUCGAAGCGUGACACCACCGUUCACGGCUAUGACAUAGCGCAGGAAAUGGAGAAGAUUACUCAAUCUCUACUUCCCGCAGCACCGGUAUCGCCGGAAAUUUCCAAAGAUAUAACCACUCGCAAGGAACGUUCCUCGAACUCGCAAAGCUCCUAUCGCAAUCCGUCGGCGUCGGCUCUGAAUGGACACAGUUCUGCCUCAACGCCGCACUCAACCAUGUCGCCCAGCUCUUCGUUGUUGGGUGGUCAGCAGAGUGCAGCGGCAAUUCACGCAGCAUACCACGAAACGCACAUGACUUCCACGAGUUUCAACGAGACGAUGUCGGAGAUUACCAGCUAUCAGGAGUCGGAAUGCGAAACACACGUGGAUAGCGUCAACGCUCCGAUGGUGAACGGCUUCUACGCCAAUAACUGCUUCGAGGAUCUUCCCAGUUCUUCGAACACGACGAUCAAGUCUGCCCCAAAUCAUAGUCGAAAGAAACUGACGGGAGAAGGUGGUGAUCAUCGUCAAGAAGAUGAGGAUAGUGGUAGCGACGAAGAAGAUGAAGACGAGGAGGAGGAUGAAGAUUAUGGAAACAUCGUAGAUGAUGCAGACCCGGGAAACACAGAAAAAGACUGGGAAUCGGAUGAUCAGUGUGAUUUAUCUGACAUGGCAAACUUGGCUCAAUUAAAAGAAUUGAAAAGCAGAAUACUCAACGGCACCAGCUGGAGAAGUCAAGUUCUUCAGAAAAGUGUCCAGGACUUGUUCCAAAAGACAACUGAAGCUACAGAGCAGCUUUCUAAUCAUGACGUAGUAGAUCCAGAAACGAGUCAAAAUCCUGCUGAAGAAAUGUCCGAUCAAAAUCGAGUUAAGUAUAUAAUUUCCAAGCUUCAGAACAGCACGAUUCAACAGGUGGAACCUCCGACAAACCUACAUGCUCUAGCGCAUGAUGACAACUUUUCCGAUAGCAGUGAAGAUGAAGAUGAUCUGGACUGCGUCGAUGGUCCUCCACCGAUGGGCGAUCGACCUAUAACGGCCAAAAGCCUUAUCGAAAUGUACGAAAAAACUCUACCAAAGGUGGAGAACCAACCUGUCGCAGCAAUUCGGCAGCAGUAUUUUGUCCCCAAAGACGCCUACUUCCAUGAGCUACCGAACAAGCCAAAACCGCCUCUAAAACCCCCAGAUCUUACUUCACACCUUUCCAACCCCACCCUGCCCGAUCAAAUCCCCAUAUCGGCUCACGCCCGAAGUCGGAAUCCCCUUCCAUCCUACCUCAACGACAAUGAGAUAUUCAACCCCAACCAAAGUCCGUUUCCUCAGAGUCCUCUUCCGGAUCGAGUCCAAUCAACUCCCACACUGUACUACCCGUCACCAUCCCCUCAAUUCAUGAACGGCCACGACUACCCGACGUCCUACCACCAGCACUACAUUCCUCACGUUCCUGUCCAGGAAAAACUCCUCUCCAGCCGGAAGUACAUCAACCCAUCCGCUGCAUCGUUCGCCCUGUCUGGCUGUAGCACCGGGACGCCCUCUCCGGAGUUCCCCUACCACCACCAGAUGGCCAGUAGUCAUUUCCAUCAGCCGCACCAACCGCACCUCCAUCAGCCCCAUCCGCAGCAGCAACAGCAGUUUCGGAAAUCGCAGGACAACCUAUCCAACGACGAUUCCGGAUACAUCAGUGCCAAAGUUAGUGAAAUUCAUGGUCCAGCAGCCAACGGAAGAAGCCUUUCACCUAGGCAGCCUACGGCCGAAGUGAUCCCGAUGCCGCGGCAAUUCAUACCAUACAACAUGGCGAACACGGCGGCGGCCAUGCUCGGCGAAGGCGCCGUUGGAGGCAGCGCUGCCGGUCCCACAGCCAACGUAUACGAUGAGCAGCCUCAUUACAACCUCGGUGCUUCCAGUUUGGUCUAGGAAUGUGCUCGGUGAAAAAUGCGAACAUUUUGGGGGAACUGCUAGGCGUAAGACGUACAUGCUUAAGCGCAGAGAACAGACGGUUAUCUUUUGUUCAUCGGCAGUGUAAAAGUUUUACCGGUCAUUUUGAAGUAUGUCGUUAUGCUCCCGUUACGCGGCGCUAGCAUCUUUUUAAACUAUGCACAAUUUAACGCUAGCGUCGCCGUAAAAAUUAUCUACUAUGAUACAUUGGUCCUAUUCAACGACGUAGGUUGAGCUCGAGGUUGAGCUUUUACAAGGGCAUCUUACCAAAAGUUCCCCCGGAAAUGUUAACAAAAUCGAUACCUAGCUAGCCAAACUAACUCAUAUAUGUAAAUAGGUUUUAAAGCAAUGUUUUAACUCUGUCCAUUUUAAAUUAUUGUAUGUUUUAGUAAUUUAACCCUGUGUUUUACGCAUGAUCCGUUUUUAACUUGUAUUUUUAAAUGUCAACGAAUUUUGUUUUACGAUUUUUUUUACUCAAUUGUUGUACUUUUACUCCUGAUAAUAAUAGGCGUGCAUUUAUGAUACAACCGUGUAGAAUGUGUGUAAAUAAAAGAGAAUGCUA